CUCCUUCGCCGUUUCUGACGGAUCGCUUUGCAAGGAGCCACACCUACCUCCGCAUCUCGUUGACAGAGAGGUGCAAUUUGCGGUGUCUCUACUGCAUGCCCCUGGAAGGAGUGCCUCUGACGCCGACGGACGAGCUGCUGACGUCCGACGAGGUGCAGCGUGUUGCGAGGCUCUUUGUGCGGCAGGGCGUCAACAAGAUCCGCUUGACGGGCGGCGAGCCAACGGUGCGCAAAGACUUGGGCGACAUCAUUGGCGCACUGUCGGAUCUUCGCAGCGACGGUCUGAAGCAGAUUGGCAUCACAACCAAUGGCAUCACUCUGCCGCGCCACCUUGGCCACCUCGUCGCCAAUGGCCUUACCCACCUCAAUGUCUCUUUGGACACGCUCGACCCACUCAAGUUCGAGCUCAUGACUCGCAGGCCAGCACAGGGUCUCGAAAAGGUGCUCAGCGGAAUCGACCUUGCCCUGGCAAUAGGUGUUGAGAAUGUCAAGGUCAAUGUUGUUGUCGUUCGGGGCCUCAACGAUGGCCAGGACGUCCUCGACUUUGUCGAAUGGGCCAAAGACCGAAGCGUGGUGGUACGCUUCAUCGAAUAUAUGCCCUUCGAUGGCAACAGAUGGAGGCCCGAGAAGCUGGUGCCGUACACGCAGCUCCUCGCAACUAUCGAGGCUCAUUACGGCGGCCUGGCGAAGAUCGAGGAUGAUGCAAAUGACACGAGCAAGCACUGGAGGGUGCCCGGGCACAAGGGCAGCAUUGGCUUCAUCACAAGCAUGACAGACCACUUUUGUGGGACGUGCAACCGUCUGCGUAUCACCGCCGAUGGCAAUCUGAAGGUUUGCCUCUUUGGCAAUGCCGAGGUCUCGCUGCGGGAUGCGAUGCGGACCGGUGUAUCACACAAAGGCUCGCCUCCCACGCCAGCGACGGACGAGGAGCUGCUGCACAUCAUCGGGGCUGCCGUCGGACGCAAACACGCCAAGCACGCCGGAAUGAAGGACCCCGAGGAUCUGGCAAAGGGAGCUGCAUUUGUAUCAACACGACAAUUAUCAAGACUUCGUUCGCUUUCUCGCUCUCGCCACUUACCUCUCUCUAUACCGACCAUUGGCUCGCAGGUGGGCCUCCGUGCCUACCACUCGUCACAAAGACGACCGAAGUCGAAGCGAGACGACUCCAAUAUACUCGACCCAUGGGCCGAUAUGGAUGCAGCCGCCGACGCAGCCUAUGCACCCGCACCCGCUGAAGAUGCCGGUUUGAAAGUCGAACCGGCGCACAAAACAACUAUCCCAAACGAAGCCGACAAAGGUCGACAGUUGUCGUGGUCGGCGUACAUGGGUGACGCCGACGAUGGCGACUCGCCGUGGGCGAGCCUGGACGCUAUUGCCGAUGGAGCCGGCCACCUCGCCAAGCCCUUCCCCAUUCAGGCCGAGGGAGCCAGUGACAAAAGUCACGAGGACGCCGCCAUGGUGGCAGCCGUCGAAGCUGCUUUGUCGCGCCAAGAGACUGUUGCAAAUGCACCUUCAAAGGCGUCACCUCUGCCUGCUUCCCAUUCCAUGCAUGCGACUUCUGCCAGCCCGCCGCCUCCUCGGCUUACGCACGUGGAUUCUGCGACGGGAUCCGCCUCCAUGGUCGACGUCUCGUCGAAAGCAACGACUCCCCGGACUGCGGAAGCUGUCGGCCGCGUCUCGAUCCCGCGGGUGGCCCUUGAACUCCUGCGUGCCUCGACAUCAUCAGCAUCAUCAUCAUCGAAGGACGCACAACUGCCUCUGGGUGCAAGGCUCAAGGGCCCUGUCCUCCACACGGCCCAGCUGGCGGGCAUCAUGGGCGCCAAGCGCACUGCAGAUCUCAUCCCGCUCUGCCACGGCAUCCCGCUCGCGCACGUCGACGUGUCCAUCGACGUGGUGGAGGACGAUGAAGAAGCGGAGCUGCCCUACCUCCAGGUCCGAUGCACGGCGACGACGGCCGGCCAGACGGGCGUCGAGAUGGAGGCCCUCACUGGCGUCCACGUCGCGUGCUUGACGCUGUGGGACAUGCUCAAGAGCGUCGCGGGAAGGGACAUGGUCGUGUCGGACAUCAUGGUCACGAGGAAGAGCGGUGGCAAGAGCGGGGACUGGACCAGGCAACCGUGAAGAGACCAUGAAAUCGAUCGCUUAGCAUUUAGCAAACUCGUCCGUGUGUAUAUGCGUGUGUGUAUCUUCCUUUUGGUAUACAUGGGUGAUGA